ACCAAUACAAAAUAAGCGAAGGCGGGAAGGGUAGAUUGAAAGUGUUAUCAUUCUUUUGGGGGUGUUGUGUUUUGUGUGAAUUGUAAACAAAACUGAAAACGGUUUCGCCGUUGGGACAACGAAGAUUGAGCUUAAUUGUUCUUGUGAUCGUGUGUGUAAAUCUAAUGUUCGCGUUGAGAAAUCUGCCUGGGACAGUAUAUGAAGUGUCAGUUACAGCAGAUAUUUUGUUAUGAAAUGCAUAAACAGAUAACGAAGUAUUCAUUUUUUUAAAAGAAAGAUAGUGGACACAUGACUGAAACUAAAUGAACUGUGACUGUCUUAUUCUCACCGCAUUUAUGAUAACAGAGGAAAGUAACUCACAGAAUGGCAGCUGCUAAAUGGCCUGUUGAAAUACGUGGACUAGAGCAGCUAGACAGGCUCCUUCGGUGUGGAAUAUGCUAUGAAUAUUUCAGUACAGCAUUGAUGACGGGGUGUUCUCACAACUAUUGUUCAUUAUGCAUCAGAAAAUCUCUUGGGUACAAAACAGAAUGCCCAACGUGUAUGAAGGAAACAUUCGAGUCUCAUCUUCGAAGCAAUAGAAUAUUGGAUGACAUUGUCACUUUGUAUGUUGGGUUUAAAGGUACUCUCUUGCCAAUGCUGCUACAUAAGCAUAACAGAUUGACACUGAAUGAAGUUCCAUUUACUUCAGCAGACGAUGCAGAUGAUAAGCUUGCAAAUAUUAAGCGGCAAGUAAAAUGUAUUCCAAGUGAGCGGGAAGCUACAAUAAUAUCUGAAGAGAAACGUAACUGUGAACUAUUUAAUAGAGAAAUUAUAUCAAACCCAACUUUGAAAGAAAUAUCAGAUAAUGACCUAAGAAAUGUUGUAACUCCACAAAAAAUCAUCUUGCCCUCUCAGCUGGCUGUAGGGAGACCAUCAACUUCAAAAUCGUCCAUCAAAAUACCAGCCAUGUUUACCAGCCCCAAGAAAAAUGUACAAAAUACAGAGCCAGCCUUAAGAAAAGUUACUUGUCCAGUAUGCAAUGUUGACAUCCCAGAAAAGAAUAUAAAUUUCCAUUUGGAUAACUGCUUGAAGCGAGAAGAAGACCAAGUGAAGAUCAGAGAACAACAACAUGAAACUCGGAAGCUACUGAAAAAACCAGUAUUCAGUUUAUUGAAGCAGGCUGACUUGAAAAAGAAAUUGAAAGAGCAUGGAUUAAAUUAUACUGGAAGUCGAGAAACACUUAUUAAAAGAUUUGAAAGGUUCAUCCUGUUGUAUAAUACUGAGUGUGAUUCGCUGAAACCACGGCCAGUUGCAGAUAUCAUAAGACAAUUAGAACAAGAAGAACAGGAGGAAAAGAAAAUACCAGCUCCACAAAAGAUACUUACAUUUCCAAAAAAUAACGAGAAAUCUGAUGAUGUACGCAGAGAAUAUUUGAAAAAGAACAAAUCAAGUUUUGAAAACUUAAUACAGAUGGCAAAGCAGCGACUGCAACAAGAAAAGCCGGCACAGCUUGCAUUCAGUUCUAACACUGUGAAAGUAUUGGAGGAUGGUGAUCAGGACAGUUUUGGUAACAAUGUCAAGAGAAUGGAGAGUGGUCAAAACAUUCUUCCUAGUAAUGAUGGUGAGAGUAGCAGUACCUCAAGUAUAACAAAUGAAGUGGACAUAAAGAAUAGUUCCAAGAAGUGCUCUAGGAAGCUUCAAUACUCAGAUGAUGAUGACGAUCCUGAAGAGGGUGUCCAAGUUAACUGGAAUUUUCCUUCUACAUCUUUGAUGAAUCAAGCAAGCCAUUCAGCUGAUCAUGCUGCCAAAAAUAUGUGUAAUGUGGUCGGUGACAAUGUGCCUGUCAGUGGAACACCUUACUCAUCAACUGUAAAAACACCACCGCAAUAUAUGAGAAACAGUGAUAUAAAAGAUAGUGGGAAUGACAGUAAUACAGCAAAUGUACAAGCCUCACCUGUGUUUGCAUCACGAUCAUCAGUAAAAAGAGUUAGAAGUGAUUAUUCAGAAGUUCACGCAUCACCAGAAAUGUUUGCAGAGGAAAUUCAAGAGAGCUGCACUCUGAGAAAUGGUAAUGCCAGUGAUGCUGAGAGUGAGAAAAGUAUCAGCUUGUUAGAAUAUGAUGAAGGUGGCACCAGUUUUCCAGAACAAAAGGAAACACCAUGUCAGUUCCCUCAAGAAAUUGUUUCUAAUAAUGUAGAUGUAACGGAUGCACCAUCAGAGGAGAUAGAUUUGGGAGGGUCUCCACUCCAUCCAUCAUCUGAGGAAUAUGUUCCUUAUGUUCAUCAAAGAAAAAGCAAGAGACGAAAUUUGCAUGCUGCAGAGCAAGAGAACUUUGAUAGAGUACUUAGAAAAAGAAGUAAGCGAUGACAGUGAACGAAAUUGCCACAACACAUGCUAAUCACUCCAUAAAGUAUAUCAGUGCAUGUAGAUAAGCAUUAGUGAUGCUUUUAAAGAACUGUAAAUAUUGUUUUGUACAGAUUAUGUAUAUUACAGAAAAAAUAUUAUAUUUUUCUCAGUUAGGACAUCACAGAUUUGUAAUAAAACUAUA